CUAUGAUCUUUUUGAGUGAUGUUUCUUUUUAACCAAUAGUAAAACAGUUAGAGGUGUUUAUCGUGGGCGGGACUUCCUGUUAUAAUUCAACAUCGCGGCCUCUGCUGAAGGGCACUUGUCGGUUCUAGUUUACGCAGGGGUCGAGUGGUAAAGGACCAUUAAUUUCUUCGCCAUGGCGGGACACGACGCUGGAACGCAGUAUCAGUUCACUGGAAUUGCCAAAUUCUUCAACUCCUACACAGUGAUGGGAAGGAGGAAUUGCGUGUUGGCCACAUACGGCAGCCUCGCAGCCAUCUUCCUUUUCUUCAAACUGAAACCCAAGAAACAGGCGGCCGUCGCAGAAAAAUAGUCAUGUUCUGGGAGUUGGAGCAGCUGGACGUGCUUGUGUGAAAAUAUGAUUUCUCUGUGUUAACAAUAAAGAACGAUUCUAUCCAGAUUCUA